AUGAGUAACACGCAAGGUGGCGAUACGCCGACCGAUAUCGUCGCGAACACGGCAGUCGAAGCUAUUGCGAACGUUCGCCUACCGGCGUUUUGGAAGCAAUCGCCGCAAUUAUGGUUCACACACGCUGAAUCGGUUUUCGCCAAUCAACGCGUCACUUCUAAUACGACCAAAGUCAAUUUCGUGGUCGGAGCGUUGGACGAGGAAGGCGUACGAACCAUCGGAGACUUACUCGGUUCCACCGCCUCAUACGACGCAAUCCGCAACCGACUCGUCGACGCAUACGAGUUGCCGAAGUCCGUUCGUUUUCGCGAAAUCGUCAAACCCGGAGGCAUGGGCGACCGUCGCCCAUCGCAGCUUCUACGUGACAUGCGUAACAACAUGCCGUCUGGCAUAGAUGAGGACGCGUUGAAGGAGUUUUGGCUCCAGAAACUCCCGUCUAGUGUCACGGCCAUAAUUUCCACCCUCGACGGCUCUCUAGAUUCGCUGGCAUCGCGUGCGGACCGGGCAAUGGAUGCAUCUAACCCACAGAGUGUGGACGCGUUCGCGAAGGAUCAGUUCACGGAACUGGCGGGCGCUGUGGCAGCGUUGACUCAGCAAGUCCAGUCCCUCACGCAAAUCGUCAACUCGUCGAAAAGCUCAUCGCAACAACGACCAACGCAAUACGACGUGCGACCACCGACGCAAAUGUGUUAUUAUCAUGAUCUUUAUGGUGCCAAGGCGCGCAAGUGUCGAACGCCGUGCAGUUUUAAACCUAAUAUGCGGGACACCGAUGCUACUCCGCGAGCGGAAAACUAA